AACACACAUGCACGCACACACUUAGAACUUGGACUCAUUGGUCAUAUAUGGCACAACUCCGCCCAUACCGCAUGACAAACUUAUCUAAGUGUGUCAAGAUUAUAACUUUUCGGAGUUAAGAUCAGAGAGGACACAUUUGCUGAGAACCAAGAGUUGGGCUACAAGACAUUGCAGACUACCAGGAGUUGAAAUGGGUCUUCCAGCCCUCGGGCUGUUAGGGUUCUUGGGGCCAGUCGGAUGGGGGGCAGCAGUGCUGGUAGGAGUGGUUAUAUUUAUUAAGGUGGUUAAAAAGAACAGAGAGGAGAAACUUUGUAUUUCUCCAGGAACUCACAAGUGUUUUGGUGACGAGAGAACAUGGUUCAAGGAGGAAAAAUCUAAUGAAGAUUCUGGAAAAACUGGAAACGCUAGGAAGGAGAGAGAAGAACCGUGCCGUCAUGACGAACAUGAUGAUGGCAUAAUAAAAGGUUACAGCCUUGGACAUGUUCACAAAUAUAAAGAUGACAAAAAAUUUAGACCAUCUCAGCGUGAUAAGGAGAAUAAAGGCAUUACGGAGGCAGACCAUAUUCCACCUAAAGAUUCUCUGAAGAAGGCCCUAAACGAUGUACGACUGGAUCGUCUCCUACAAGUGAAUCCAAGGCUUCAUGAGAUGAUCAUGAGCCUUGAUUAUGACCCAACUGGACGGAAACUGUUAACCAUGAGGGUUCUUUACCAGGAUCACAGAGAUGCUCUGACCACUGGUAGCAGCAAAGAAUCUAAAAUAUGCAGGUGGCUUUUGACACAAACAAUUCUAAGCGGAAAAGAUGAUUGUGCAAUAAAAAUGCUGAAGCAAGCUUUUAUCAUGGGUCAUCCUAUAGCUUCCCAGAUGCUCAGAUAUGAUGCUGGAUUUGUUGACGCCGCACAACGUACAGAGGGUAAAGUUGACAUGUCUGAUGAAGGCACAAGGAGCUACUACGGACAUGGCUACAUUGACCUGGGCGAUGAAUAUCUCUACAAGGGGAUAAUCAACGAUGGUCAAGCAAAAGACCUCAAAAUAUGGGUGAAAAGAGAGAUGCACCUGGACCGGGAUACCCCAGAGUAUAAGGAGAUCCUUGAAGACAUUAAUGAUUUCUAUGACUGUUUUCAUAUGUUGUAGGCUUACUCUUACAGCAGUAUCCAAGGGGAAAUAAUCAAAAGUAUACCUUCCAUCACUUAGUGAUCAUAUUUUGGAGUAGCCUACAAUUUGAUGAAUUUCAUAUUGAUAAUGUCAUUUUAUAAUUAUGCUUUUGCAGCCUGAAUGGAGGAGGCUUUUAUAUAAAUGAUUGGUUGAUUAUGUGCAGCAGUGUGCUAGUGGAGCCAAUCUGCUUACAUUAAAUAGCCUCUUGAAGCUUA